ACGCACAGAGGAGGAAGACAGAAAGAAAGGAAGAGAAAACGAGAAAGAAAGAGGUUGGAGGAGAAAGGCAGAGAUUUCAAACCUUUUGAAAAUCUCAAAGACUGCUUUGAUCCUUCAACAAAGUCUUUCUGUAACCCUAGUUCACUUCCAUCUUCCGCAGCAUUCUUCGCCUCUUCACGGGCAAUCAUUUCUCCAACGUUCAACUUCCUAUUCUUCUGCUCGCCGGAAAUGUCAGAUGAGCCUCUGACGGAGAACACUACGUUGUUACUAGUUAGGGUUUUUGUUGCCUGUUGAGGCCUUACCAUCAUAGAUCUCUGUCUGAUUAAUCAAUUGGGAAAAUAAACGAUCAUAACCGCCUCGUCAGCACGUGUUGCGAUCGCCGGAGUUUUCUUGGUUUACUUAAUUAUGGCGAAGGGAGGGCAAUGCUUCGAGAAGGUUCGGAGGGGCAUUUGGACGCUGUUCUUCAUGGUGGCAAUGAUAACGUCCUUGCUGGUUACAUCGUUGCCGGUGCUCGUGGCGGUGGUUGAUGUGUUGGUACCUUGUGUUUUGAUCUCCAGCUUUACGUGCGUGAGGUGUUACGGUUUUAGAGAACAUUUGCGUCGAUACACAUUCAGAAGUUCCUUGACAGACAUUCCUCUCGUUUCUAUCAUAAGAUCUCUCAUCAUUAUAUGUGUGUAUAGCAUUUGCGACGGCCCUGCUUUAUCACACGGUCCUUACCUUGGAACUGUGUCUCUGAGUUCCUUUCUCUCAGUUGCUCUUCUUUCAGUAAAAGCUUGUGUUUUCACUUUAAAUUCUCACAUCGAAGCUGAAGCUUCAGCUUCUCUCUCAAAGCAGAGACUUCAUUUGAAGAAGUCAUGGGGAAUGCCUGUACUCUUUCUUUCAUCAGUUGUUUUUGCCCUUGGACACACUGUGGUAGCUUAUCGAACCAGCUGCAGAGCGCGGAGAAAGCUGUUGUUUCACCGGGUUGAUCCAGAAGCUCAGGUACUUUCAUGCAAAGUUUUCUCCUGCUACCAGAAGGUCCCACGAUCUCCUACUCCUUGUGGAGUGAAAACCCCAAAAAGUGACGGUGAAAUGAGACGGAGACCUUUUGGGACAACUUGUGAUGAAGAACUGCCGCUCAAAUUACUUGCAGACUCUGACAGUUUAUUCAUUAAAUGUCAAGGACUUACUGUCCAUUACAAAGUCAGCUUGCCUGGUUCGCUGUCACAUACCUUGUCGUCUGCAUCCAUCAUUGAACCAAAUUCUUGCUGCAGCACUUCAUCAACGGCUGGGGGAUUUGCUAAACUUAAUAGGCAUUUGACAAGUAUAUCUCCAAACAUCCAGAGGCAACUCCAAAGGAGCUAUAGCAAUCAGUUCCAUUGCUCAUCUCUGCAUACUCCACUUUUGGAUGGUCCUAUGACUUCUCCUGCUAUUUCUGAAGACAUACCUGCUUUGUGCCUAGAAAAAAUACAUGAAGAAACUAAUAAAUUUGAUCCUAUGUAUUUGGAUAAAAAAUUGGAUGGCACCACUACUGGAGAAUUAGGUGUUGUUCUAGUGCAUGGGUUUGGUGGAGGCGUCUUCUCUUGGAGGCAUGUUAUGGGAUCCAUUGCUCGACAAAGUAAUUGCGCAGUUGCUGCAUUUGACAGGCCUGGCUGGGGACUAACAUCAAGGCCUCGUCGAACGGAGUGGGAGGAAAAUGAUUUACCUAAUCCAUAUAAGCUUGAUAGUCAGGUUGACCUGCUUUUAUCAUUUUGUUCUGAGAUUGGUUUCUCUUCUGUGGUGCUUAUUGGUCAUGACGAUGGAGGGCUGCUUGCUUUGAAGGCUGCACAAAGAGUUCAAUCAUCAAUGAAUUCUUCUAAUGUUAUCAUCAAAGGGGUUGUAUUGCUAAAUGUUAACUUGUCAAGAGAAGUGGUUCCUUCGUUUGCAAGGAUCCUUCUGCAUACAUCACUUGGAAAGAAGCACUUAGUUCGCCCUUUAUUGAGAAUAGAAAUCACUCAAGUAGUGAAUCGGCGUGCUUGGUAUGAUUCUACCAAGCUGACAACAGAAGUUUUGAGCCUCUACAAGGCUCCACUAUAUGUAGAAGGAUGGGAUGAAGCUCUUCAUGAGAUUGGAAAAUUGUCAUCUGAAACCAUACAUUCAGCAAAAGACACAGAAUCAUUGUUACAGGCCGUGGGAGAUGUGCCAGUGUUGGUGAUUGCUGGUGCUGAAGAUUCCCUUGUCUCUCUCAGCUCUUGCCAAACUAUGGCCUCAAAACUUGUAAAUUCUAGACUGGUUGCCAUAUCUGGAUGUGGCCAUCUACCGCAUGAAGAAUGUCCAAAGGCGUUGCUUGCAGCUAUAUCCCCUUUCAUCAGCAGAUUGUCUACAUCAGACUCGCCAAACUAAGAUGCAUAGGGUUGUCAACGUUAGAGGUCAACGUUAGUAAGGACUAGGGUAUCGAUCUCCUUUUCGUUUUCUUUCCUUCUCUCAUUAGCAUCAUUACUUCAAGAGAAAGAGAGCAAAGGCGUCUCUUUUUCCCUCCCUCCAUUUCCUCGGUUUUUAAUUUUUGCAGUCCUAGCUUUUUGGGUUUUGACCUGUACGGGAAUGCCCCCCCUUUUCUUCUUCUUCUUCUUCUUCUUCUUCUUUUUGCCCCUAUUUUUUCUCCGUCUUGUUCAAUUGUAAAUGUUUGUUUGUCUGAAGUAUUCCCUGCUGAAAAGGUAGUGGGAAUGAAUGAACAUACAUUUGUAAAUUGCUAGAUGAGAAAUGGAUAUGUUUCCUCUGGUCUCCGAAA